AUGGACAGCUUACCCUUGGCGCCGACCCCCACCCGACUUAUCAGCCACUUUCUCAAGCGACCCGUACAGGAUCAUGGUCCCGGGUGGUCCGCUCUCUGGGACUCCAAUAACAGUGACUUAUGGGACCGGGGCAAGCCCUCACCGGCGUUGAUUGAUCUCAUCGAGCAGCAGCCGCUAGCGUUUUCUCCAUCUACGACAGAUGGAAGGCGUAAGAAGGCCCUUGUCCCGGGCUGCGGAAGAGGCUACGACGUGGUUAUGCUCGCCCUGCAUGGCUUCGACGCGUACGGGCUCGAAAUAUCUGCAACGGCCGUCGCGGAGGCGAGAAAGUAUGCCGCUGUCGAGAUGAGCCGUCCUCAGGAAUACAAUUUUGAUCAAGCGCAAUCUUUAACGCGAGACGUGGGAAGCGCCACCUUCAUCGUGGGCGACUUUUUCGAGUCGGGUUCCCCUCGCUUUACCUGGCUGAUAUUAGCACAGUUCCUUUGCGCCCUUCACCCGCAUGUGCGUCCGCAAUGGGCGGCCCGUAUGGCACAACUAGUCCAACCCCACGGGGUCCUCGUCUGCCUCGAGUUCCCCAUGUACAAGGAUCCGUUGCAGGACGGGCCCCCGUGGGGUGUGAACGGUGUGCACUGGGAUUUGCUGGCCCGCGGGGGAGACGGAGUGGCGGGGAUCUCGCAACCGCCUGAGGCAGCAACGGACGGGUUGUGUGGGGCUUUCCAGCGAGUGCAAUAUUUCAUGCCGGGGCGGUCGUAUGAGAGUGGGAAGGGAACGGAUAUGAUGAGUGUGUAUGAGCGGAAAUAA